GUGGACAGCGCACGCGCAGACCUGGCACGCGGGCGCUCCGGCUGUUUGGCGUUGCCAUGGAGCUGCCCAGGCCUGGCCAAGGAACGCGGCUGGGCGUCUGGGCAACCCGGGAGGACCAAGCCCGCGCGAGGUGGCUGCGAUGGUGUCUCACCCAGUGCACGGCCUGCCCUUUCUCCCGGGCACGUCCUUUAAGGACUCCACGAAAACAGCAUUUCAUAGAAGCCAGACGCUGGGCUACAGGAACGGCUAUGCGGUCGUUCGCCGUCCAACAGUCGGGAUAGGUGGGGACCGGCUCCAGGUCAACCAGCUGUCCCAGGCUGAGCUGGACGAGCUGGCCAGCAAGGCCCCGGUGCUCACUUACGGCCAGCUGAAGCGGGCCCCGCCGGCAGAGUUCAUUCCUGCACACGUGGCUUUUGACAAAAAGGUGCUGAAAUUUGAUGCCUAUUUCCAAGAAGAUGUUCCCGGGUCAACUGAGGAACAUUACAGGAUCCGCCAAGUGAAUAUUUACUACUAUCUAGAGGAUGAUAGCAUGUCUGUCAUAGAGCCUGUCGUGGAAAACUCUGGGAUCCCUCAAGGCAAGUUAAUCAAACGCCAGCGGCUACCCAAGAACGACCGGGGAGACCAUUACCAUUGGAAGGACCUGAACCGAGGAAUAAACAUCACCAUUUAUGGCAGAACUUUCCGCAUUGUCAAUUGUGACAAAUUCACGCAGGUAUUUCUGGAAAGUCAAGGGAUUGAAUUAAAUCCACCAGAGAAGAUGGCUCUUGAUCCUUACACUGAACUCCGGAAGCAGCCUCUUCGUAAGUAUGUGACUCCAACGGACUUUGAUCAACUGAAGCAGUUUCUCACCUUUGACAAACAGGUCCUUCGAUUCUAUGCAAUCUGGGAUGAUACAGACAGCAUGUUUGGUGAAUGUCGGACCUACAUCAUUCAUUACUAUCUGAUGGACGACACAGUGGAAAUUCUGGAGGUCCACGAACGGAAUGACGGGAGAGACCCCUUCCCCCUCCUGAUGAACCGCCAGCGCAUGCCCAAGGUUUUGGUGGAGAAUGCAAAGAACUUCCCUCAGUGUGUGCUGGAAAUCUCUGAUCAGGAGGUGCUGGAAUGGUACACCGCCAAGGACUUCAUCGUCGGAAAGCCACUCACUAUGCUGGGGAGAACCUUCUUCAUUUAUGACUGUGAUCCAUUUACUCGGCAGUAUUACAAAGAGAAGUUUGGCAUCUCCGAUCUACCACGCAUUGACGUGAGCAAGAAGGAGCCGCCUCCUGUGAAACAGGAAUUGCCUCCCUAUAAUGGUUAUGGACUCAUCGAAGACUCUGCUCAGAAUUGCUUGGCUCUCAUUCCAAAAGCUCCCAAAAAAGAUGUCAUUAAAAUGCUGAUGAAUGACAACAAGGUGCUUCGUUAUUUGGCUGCACUGGAAUCCCCCAUCCCAGAAGACAAGGGCCGCCGGUUUGUCUUAUCUUAUUUUCUAGCCACUGACAUGAUCAGUAUCUUUGAGCCUCCUGUUCGAAAUUCAGGGAUCAUUGGGGGCAAGUACCUCGGCAGAACUAAAGUUGUCAAGCCCGACUCCUCCAUGGAAAACCCCAUCUACUAUGGCCCCAGUGACUUCUUCAUUGGUGCCGUGAUUGAAGUGUUUGGCCACCGGUUUGUCAUCCUCGAUUCCGAUGACUAUGUUUUGAAAUACAUGGAGAGCAACCCUACCCAGUUUUCCCCAGAAGCUCUCCUGUCAAUUCAGAACCACAUUCGAAGGCGAGACACUCCUGCACUGGAAUUGGACAGCCAGCGGACAGAAAAGGACCCAGGCACACAGGAACUAGAGGUGCUGAUUGACACGAUCCAGAAGCAGCUGAAAGAUCACCCGUGCAGGGACAGCAUCCGUGAGGCCUUUCGGAUUUAUGACACGGAGGCUUCAGGAUACGUGGACAGGGAGACAUUCUUUAAAAUCUGCGACUCUCUGCACCUCCCGGUGGAUGAUUCUCUGAUUAAGGAGCUCGUCAGGAUGUGCUCCCACGGAGACGACAAGAUGGACUAUUCCAGCUUUGUCCGCGCUUUCUCCCACUGAGCUGCUGAGGACGAGCGCAGCAUGUUUCGAGGUCAGGCCUACACACACCUUGUGCUCUUCCUAGAGGCCUUUACAGAGCUCUUGAAGUGACGUUUCGUCUCUGAGUCUUAUAUUCCACUACCACUGAAGCCUAAAUUAAAUUGGAUCUUGUAGGAGCUAA